AUGGAACCAGUCUACACGCCAGGUUCCGUCAGUCCAGCAAUUGGGCCUUACUCGCAAGCCAUCAGAGCUAAUGGGUUUAUCUUUCUCUCUGGCCAAAUUCCUGCCACUCCUGAUGGACAGUUGAUUGAGGGCACCGUUGCCGACAAGACUCACAGGAUGUGCCAAAAUGCCAAGGCCGUACUUGGAGCGGCUAGUUCCGGGCUUGAAAAGGUUUAUUUUCGGGACAUGGAUGAUUUCAAGGAGUUAAAUGCGGUGUAUGCCGAGUACUUUCCUCAUAAGCCAGCGCGAAGCGCUUCUGAGGCUUCUAAGCUUCCGGCAGGAGUGAGUUUCAUGCUGGACAUUAUUGCAUUACAGUAG